AUGAAAUACGUGACCGACGAAGCGAGUAUGCAAGAAAUGUUUUCAGUGUAUCUUGAAAGUCGGUCGCAAAUAUCGUUCAUCGAACUGUAUGUCGAGUUCGAGCAAUCUGCAGUGGACCGAGACAUUGAAUUGGAAGAUUACAACAGUGAUAGUGAAGAAGAGUUCGAAAGUAACUACGAGGUUGUUGAUCCGAGUGUAGACGAAGAUCAAGCUGACGAGGCUAUGGUGGCAGAUGUGGCGGAUGUGGCAAAUGCACUAGCAAACCAGCAGCCUUUUGUGGAGCCGAGUUUCAUGCGGUCGUUGGAUUUGGAGGCUAUGCAUGAGCCGGAGUUUCCUCAAUAUGCAAAUGCAGCAGAGCUUCCCCUUAUGCCAGAUGGCGAAUUUACUGUGGGAAUGGAGUUCAGUUCUAGGGAGGCAGUAAUUAAGGCGAUGAAAGAUUAUACAAUCCGCAGAGGUGUAGAUUAUCGGGGUGACCAAAAUGUCCAGAAAGUUCUGCUGGAGAUAAGGAGGUACAAUGGAAGUCACACCUGUACUAGGGCCACCAUUUCUCAAAAUCAUUCGAAGCUGGAUUCCAACACAGUUGCAGAAGCAAUAAAGCCAUUGGUAGAAGUUGACCCGUCUAUAAGGGUGAAAUCAGUGAUUGCGGAAGUCCAGGCAAAGUUUAACUAUACCAUAAGUUAUCGCAAAGCAUGGUUGGCAAAACAGAAGGCAGUGGGGUCAAUUUUCGGUGGGUGGGAAGCUUCGUACGAAGCCUUGCCGAUAUGGUUUGAGGCUAUGUGUCACAAGGAUCCAUCCGCGGUCGUUCAUUUUGAAACGAUGCCUGCGUAUCAGGGAGAUGACUUGGUUCCUAAUAUUCGUGUACUACACCGAGUCUUCUGGAGUUAUUACCCUUGUAUUAGAGCAUUCAGACAUUGCAAGCCAAUAGUGCAAGUAGACGGAACUCAUUUGUAUGGAAAGUAUAAGGGUUGUUUGUUGGUUGCAGUCUCACAGGAUGGCAACAACAACAUCGUGCCGAUUGCAUUUGCGAUAGUUGAGGGAGAGACAUCUGAGGCUUGGCACUUUUAUCUGAGUAACCUGAGACAGCAUGUUGUGACACGUGAUGGUGUCGGCCUUAUCUCCGAUCGGCACAAUUCCAUUAGAGCUGCUAUUGCUUGUAGCAAUGGAGCUUGGUCUCCUCCAAGAGCGUUCCACAUGUUCUGUAUCAGACACAUAGAGUCCAACUUUCUUAGGAAAUUCAAGGCUCCGUAUCUGCAGAAACUAAUCGUCAACAUCGGAUACUCGCGAACAGUUCGUGAGUACGAGACACGUUAUCAGCGUUUACGCGAGCGGGGUGAGGCUUAUACCAACUGGUUGGAUCGGAUUCCGCCUGAGCAGUAUGCGUUGGCGUUUGAUGGGGGAUAUCGAUGGGGUCACAUGACAACCAAUCUAGUGGAAUGCAUCAACUCGGUUCUGAAAGGGGCUCGCAAUCUUCCAGUCACGGCACUUGUUAAGGCAACGUUUUACAGGCUUAAUGAGUUGUUCACCCGGAAAAGAGCUGAGGCCGAGGCUCGAAUUAACGCAGGACAUGUGUUCUCUGAGCUUGUAACCUCCAAACUGCAUGUGAAUCAGCGGGCAGCGGUUAACAUCCAAGUUAGUUGCUUUGACCGACAGAACGAGGUAUUCGAAGUGCGUGAGUGUCCCAAUGGUGUGGAGUAUGCAGUGGACCUCCGUCGUCAACGGUGUGACUGUGGUGAAUUCCAAGUGGACCGGGUUCCGUGUCAACAUGUGUUUGCUUGUUGUGCAAACUAA